GGGCGGAUUGCAUUGUGUUCACGAUAUGCCAGAAUUUGUCGCCUGAUCUUUCGCAGUGCCAACGAACUGCAGUGCAUAAAGAGACAACAACGUCAACAACAGUUCAGCUUCACCAAUUGAAUCUUCAGGUCCCAGGUUUGCGGUAAAGGCUGAGCUGCCUAUCUGGCCUGUCUAGCUGGCCUGGCUAUCACAUAUAAGGCUACCCAGAUCCCCUGAUUCAUCCCAAUACACGAUCAGACACCAAAAGAUUUAGUGAAAUACAUCAAAAUAACACCCAUUCCACUGAAGUCGCGUACUUAGUCUAACAAUAUGGGCACCAAUCGUGAGGUCAAUCUCGAAACUAUCAAAGAGGCUGCCUGUACCUUGUCUGGUCACGUGAUAGAAACGCCAAUACAAACCUGUGAGACUCUGGACUUGUUGGCUGGAAGAAGGCUCUUUUUUAAGUGCGAGAACUUCCAGAGGUCAGGAUCCUUUAAGUUCCGUGGAGCCUUCAACGCCGUGUCCCGAUUGGUCAGUUCGAAUCCAAACGAACCAAUCAAACGGCAACUCCAUGUGGUGGGUUGCAGCAGUGGGAACUACGCCUGCGGACUGGCCCUGGCAGCAAAGCACCACGGAGUUACAGCUCAUGUGAUCAUGCCAAACAACUGCCCAGAGUGCAAGAAACAAACUGUGUUAUCAUACGGUGCCAAUCUGUUACAACGUGAACAGAAGGAUUUUAUCCCAGCUCGGAAACAGGUGGAAGAUUUGACAGGAGCGGUCUUCAUCUCGAGCAGUCAACAUCCUGACGUCAUAUCCGGGCAGGGAACGAUGGGAUUGGAACUUCUCCAACAGGUGCCUGACUUGGAUGCUGUGAUUAUGCCAGUCGGUGGUGGGGGGAUGCUGGCAGGUGUAUCAAUGGUCAUCAAGUCCAUCUGUCCCGAGGUCCGUGUUUAUGGAGCCGAACCGGAGGUUGCAAACCAAGCGGCCCUUUCCCUCCAGACGGGUGAGCGGCGCGCCUUUUCACAUUUCCCGCGCAGCAUAGCUGAUGGACUUGUCUGCGGCAUUGGGGAAGUGACGUGGGCAUACAUCCGGGACAAUGUUGACGACAUCUUCACUGUUUCAGAGGACGAGAUAAAGAAUGCCAUGCGGCUGGUGUGGGAGCGUAUGAAGCUUGUAGUGGAGCCAUCAGGCGUGGUGGGCGUGGCCGCGGUGUUGUGUGACAGCUUCAAGGCACGAGCGGGAGGGUGCAAGAACGUCGCCGUCAUUCUGUCAGGAGGGAACGUGGAUCUACAGAAGCUGCCGGAGAUACUUAAAAUGUGAUCUUGUCUCUCACCUGAAAACACGCUCACACAUUCUCAUACAAAGACCCUCACCGGGGAUCUAUUAAACUGGGAAGAGGCUUCCACUUUCGUACGCAUGGUUUAUAACCAGAUGUCAGAGAAUCGUCUAUGCCAAAGGAAAACAUUUGGGCGUGUCUUUGAUUGACUGAAAGCUGGGCAAUUCUUUGAUUGGCUGAAAGCUGGGCAAUUCUUUGAUUGGCUGAAAGCUGGGCAAUUCUUUGAUUGGCUGAAAGCUGGGCAAUUCUUUGAUUGGCUGAAAGCUGGGCAAUUCUUUGAUUGGCUGAAAGCUGGGCAAUUCUUUGAUUGGCUGAAAGCUGGGCAAUUCUUUGAUUGGCUGGAAGCUGGGCAAUUCUUUUAUUGGCUGGAAGCUGGGCAAUUCUUUGAUUGGCGGAAAGCUGGGCAAUUCUUUGAUUGGCUGAAAGCUGGGCAAUUCUUUGAUUGGCUGAAAGCUGGGCAAUUCUUUGAUUGGCUGAAAGCUGAGCAAUUCUUUGAUUGGCUGAAAGCUGGGCAAUUCUUUGAUUGGCUGAAAACUGGGCAAUUCUUUGAUUGGCUGAAAGCUGGGCAAUUCUUUGAUUGGCUGAAAGCUGGGCAAUUCUUUGAUUGGCUGAAAGCUGAGCAAUUCUUUGAUUGGCUGAAAACUGGGCAAUUCUUUGAUUAGCUGAAAGCUGGGCAAUUCUUUGAUUAGCUGAAGUUCAGGGAAGUUCCGCAAAUGUAGUCUAAUUGUCAUUGUGAACAUGUGGAAUUGUUGCUAUCACAGUGAUGAUGUAAUGUGUGACACAUCUAUUCUGUUUAUAACUAGUAUUUACUAUCCAAGCAGAUGUUCGGCUCUGCUUGGCCGGCGGACACUAACAAAACAGUAUAAUAGAAAGCCCAACAAAAUCACCUAAACACGUAAAAAAACAACAGGCGGAUCCGAACCUCUGCUUGGAGAGCAAACCUGAUUCAUUUUACACCAUAGGUUAUCUACGUACACGUCCCAUCGUAAAACGCACCAUUUUUGCCACUCUCCUAUCUCCUCACCUCGCCUCACCUAUCCCUUGACUCUUCUAUCUACCAUCCCAGAUAUAGAUCUUUACACCACAUAAACCGCACGGGACGCCUUGCAACGCUUAACUUCCACCGAGCAUUCUGUAACGAUUCCCACAUCGCUUCUCCACUAUUGACGUUAGAUGGCUUGAUGCUCUUACAUAUGUUUUUAUGUGACAAAGGUUUACGACUAUAUUACACAUUGAUAGAAUAGUACGGAACGAAUGGUUUAUGACGUCGUUGAAAGACGCAUCACACAGUAGCAGCAUCCGUUGUCUGACAAGGAAUAUGAUUUACUGUUAGAACUAAUAAAGAUAGAAACAUUACAAGCUUUACAAAACUCGCUUUUUGACAUAUACGUGUACUCGUCUAAAUGCUUAUUAACAUUGCUAACACUUUGAGUUGUUGAGUGGGGUACUUUCUCGUGUGCGUGUCUGUGUGUGUGUGUCUAUGUUUCUGCACAAUUGCAGUCACCAAUAACUCGAGAACCCCU